GUAAAGGGUGCUUUUCUGUUUCUAGAAUAUCUUGCUUUUGUUUGCAAAAGUAGUUACUCUGAUUUUUUAGAAUAGCUUUGUGAAUUCAUCAAAUAUCUUAAAGGAACUGCAUCAGAGGUAUUGAUGUCUAGUUUUCUGCUUGUGUAGCUCAGCUUUAUAUGCUGCUGUAAAGCUGCACCGUUUUACCUCCCAUUAUUAAUCUUUUAGUACUUCACUACUGGCUGUAUAAAAACAAUUUUUGUUCCUGUUUUCCAGAAACUGUGAUGAUUUGGAGUAAAGGCUGUGUUGGGGGUUUAAUUUUUUUGCUGGUAUGUGAUGUUCUGUCUUUGCAUGAAUUUACUUGUAAGGGGAGGAACAGCACUGUUACUCCUAAUUUCUUUUUAUGAGGCACAAGCAAUCAGUGCCUUCUCAUUGCUGUCUCUUUGGGUUCACUUCUAGGGGCUGCUAACAGUUUAGGCUGAUUUUAAAUUUCUUUUCACAGUGCUCUUCUGGGGCUUUUCCCCACCAUAUUUGUUGUAUGCAAAGCAGAAAGCAGAGACAUUAAUCUGGAACUAGUGGACAGUUUUAAGUGAUAUGUACUUCAUUAGAGCUUGCACUGCUUGCUCUCCCUUUAGGUUAUUCCUGUCCUCUCCUUGCCCCCGGGCACUGUAUAUCCACUGGAUUAAAAAAAAAUAAACCUCGGUGAGGGAAUUCGGAGGUGAAUUGGAGAAUGUAAGUUUGGAGCUGGCCUCAGCUGGCAGAAUGUGGGCAGGAGCUCGUGGGGCUGGCAGAGGUAGAUAAAGAGUUCUGUGGAAGUCAUGUGGGGCUCUGUGGGGAAAGUUAUCUGUUCAUAAGAAUUUGUAAAAAUGCUGCUGUGCCUUCAGUUUUACGGUGCAGUGUUGCUAUGAGUGUUUGCUAACUCUUGGUGUUUCUGGAAGUCCUUUGCGUGCAGGAAGGUAUCAGGGCAAUGAAAUAAUUCAAAAUAAACAUAAGAAUAGCCAGUAGUGCAUGGAAGCUGCCCUGUGGCCUGUGCAAUCGCUGCUGGUCUGUACCAUUACCCUGACGCUGCCAGAGGCUCAGAGUCCUGUGUCAAGUGGUUUUGGGACAGAUUUGAUGUGGAAGACCUGUGCUAGUGUGCAGCUACAGAGUAUCAGAAGCAGUUUAAAUAUCAGGGUAGGUAGGUAAGUGGUUUGGAGAGCAUUGUACAAAAUCUCUAGAAAAUAAAAUAGCUGGUAGCAUUUUUUUAAUGCUUGAGGUUUAUAUGGGAGCUAACCCUCCAGCAAUUCCUUUUUUAUCUUUGGUAAAUACGGUUCUUGAGAGCUGCAUUUUGAUGUUGAUGCAUCCUUUUAUUUUCUAAGAAGCAAAGGUAACAUUUUGAAAUGUGCUGUUAUUUUCACUUAACAAUUGGAUGUUUAUGAGUAUAGCAUGUUCAGAACAGAAGAAUAUGAAGCCUACGUGAUUUAAAAAACUGAUUGCAUUUGUGUCAGUACAAAUAACAGCCAAAAAAUCCUGCUUUUGAGUCCUGCAGAAGGAUGGUUUUCAGUCAGUGGUGUCAUUGCUGUUCAGUCCUCCAGAAGACUGCAGGCUGGUCUGUAGUUUGAAUGUACAAAGCAUUGGUACAGACACAGUUACAGGGGAGAACCAGGUAACCAAAGGCCCGUGUUGCCAGCAGAAACUCAAAAAGCUAAGUACAAUGUUGACCUGGUAGAAGGAAGCACAUAAAAUGUUAUUUGAAAAUUGCACUGGGCACUGAAUGCCCUUCCUGCUUGGCUUCAUGUCUCAAAUUCCUUCUCUGGUUUUGAAGAGUACUUUGGUCCUUUUGCCUGUACUUUUUUCCACUUCACCUACUUUUCAGUAUUCCCAGCUUUUUUACUUUUUUUUUUUUUUUUUUUGUACGGUAUGGCACUAAGUUUUCUACUCUGGGGUUAGUCCUUCUCCCCAGAUCCUCCAUUUUUUCCCCUCCCAACCCCCAAAGAAUUUAAGUGUGUUAACUAUACGUGACAAUGUUAUUUACUCUCUGCUGGUGUUGGGAUAUUUUUUGCAUUUGGGGUUUUUUGUGGUUUGGUUUUGUUGUUUGUUUUUUUUUUUCCAGUUCCCUUUUUGACUUAAAUAGGUGUUGCUGAGGAAGGCGAGGCCUUUGGGAUUUUCACACCACCACACACAUUGUGUAUUGGAGUUUGAAAAUCACACGGGGGGGUCUUGGGGUAUUGGUGUUUCUGACCUUUAGUGCUGAGCAUCUUACUUUGUUUCUGAUACAGGGAAAGAAUUUCUGAAUGUACUGUUUGGUUGUCUGUAUGCCCUGCUAAGGAUGCAGUUCAAGACAUAAGAUGUUUAAGGAGGAUUGUCCAAGUCCUAACCAGGGCUCCUCUAGACAAGGAGGGGUUAGUGCUUGGUGUCCUGAGAGCAGUGACAGACAGUGCAGGUGUGUGUGCUGUCCCUGUGGGCACAGGCAGUGGCAGCCUCAGGAUGGGAGCAGACACAGCAGAGUGUUAGUCCUGGUUCUAAUUAAUGGAGAUGGACAAGACUGAAUCCCCAGAAACAAGUCCAAGCCGGGUAGGAAAUGAAAUUUGAAAUGUAGAAUCCUAAAAUGAUUUCUGUGGAAAUGUUAAAGAUUGUACUCCACUGCCAUGGGCAGGGACACCUUGCACUAUCCCAGGCUGCUCCAAGCCCCAUCCAGCCUGGCCCGGGACACGUCCAGGGAUGGGGCAGCCCCAGCUUGCUGUACAAUUUUACACUAGUGUAGCUUUGCAACAACCUGAAAGGAGGUUACAGCCAGGUGAAGGUCAGCCUUUCCCCAAGCACCAAGUGACAGCAGGAGAGGAAACUGCCUCAGCUGCGCCAGGGGAGGUUUAGGUUGGAUAUUAGGAAACGUUUCUUCACCAAAAGCAUUAUCUAGCAUUGAAACUGCCAGGGAAGUGGUGCACUCACCACCCCUGGAUGUGUAUAAAAGAUGUGCAGAUGUGGCACUCAGGGUAUGGUUUAGUGCAGGGCUUGGCAGCACUGGGUUGAUGGUUAAACUUACUGUUAAGGGUCUUUUCCAGCCUAAAUGAUUCUAUGAUUUUAUUCUGUCCUAUGCCAGGUUUAAGUGAAAUUGAGGAAUUAUGAAUUGAGCCACAAUAGCAGGAGGUGAGGAACACUCAUGUGCUUCUGCUGAAGUUAUUUACUUGUAGUAAUGACUGAGGUGUGUCUGUGUCUGCAGAAGAGCUGUCUUAUUUCUCUUUUCAUGGGAGGAAUCUGUGAUGAAUGCUGACUGGAAAGUGGGCAGUAGUUUCUGAACCCUCUGGAGUGAAGAAGAACACCAUUAGUCUGGCAGAUUGUCAGCAGCAAAUGGUACAUUAAUUUUUGGCACAAAACUUGCUAGCAAAAGAAGAGACUUUCCUUUCUGUUGCUAAUAAUAAAAAUGAGGAGGGACUGAUCAUCUGUGCUCAGUAGCUAAUACUGUUCUGCUCUUUAGUAUCCAUGUGAGACAGAUACAAUGCUUUUGACAAAAGUCCUUUUAUAUUUUAUUAAAAAUAAAAAACCACUUUAUAAUAUACUGAUAACCUGCAUCUGAUUACAUAUCUAACUUUAAAUAAUUUUAUCAGGUUAUAAGCUUCUACAAACAAUUGCAAAUUUUCCCAUGUGUUUAGAGAUUGAGAUAUCACGCUUCAGAUGUGUACUGAGAGUCUUCAUGCUAGGCCAGUUUUACUUCCCCAGCACUUCAGAGGGUCUUUUUUACAUCUCCUACUAGUGGUAGUAAUGUAGGGAGAUAAUAUUUUUUUAAUAGAAAUGUUUAUUUUCACUUAAAUUAGGUGACCUCUAGCUAUGUUGAAAACUUUAGUGAGCUCAGAAUAAUGACCUAACUCUAUUUUUAUCUGAGUAAUAGUAACAGCAGCGAUAUUUUGUUUACUGAAUUGUUGCUUUAACUACUAGGAUACCAUUUUUUUUUAAUCCUCAGUGUCAUUCUGCACAAAUUAGAGUCCGGCUAACAUAAAUGCAUAACAAUUGUUUAUUUGCAUUCUGCAGUCUGUUUUGAUAACUGGGAGCUUCUGUUUCCUCUGGGUGCUGUAAAUAAAUCUGGUGCAUGAAGAGUUGCAGUGAGAGGGAAGAGCAGAAAAGUUCUGCAUAAGAAGGAAAAGCUCUCUGUUUAGUAGAGUUCUUCAAUAAAAGCAGGUUUGGCAAAAAUGUGAGGGUGUAACUUAACAAGUUGGAAAGAAUGUUAAGACCAUAAUAAAGUCUUUUGGUCACAAUUUCUUGUAUGAGUAUGGAGAUCUGCAGCAGCUGAAUGCAGAUAUUGGGUGCUGGCCUAAUUUCUGUCACUGCAAAUGUGCUGGGUUACAACUCACUUUAUAGUAAACCUGCUGGGCACCACAAAAUGACAAAAGUCUUCAUCUGUUUCUACAUUUUGACUAAAGAACUUCUCUCUGUGUAUUAUUUCUCGUACUCCAUUUGGUUUAACUGAAAAGCUUCAUCAUUAAUUUACUUGGAUGGGAAAUACUGUGAGUAAAGCGCUGGCUGGGGAUUUGUAAUAAUUAGAUUCCAUUUCCAAGUGUGUCACGGGCUCUGUGUGAGUUCACAGACAUUGGCUUCUCCUGGUGUGUUUUUAUCUGUGCAUCGAGGGUGAGGCAGUUUUCUGUCUUUGGUGUCUUUGCGUGGUAAACUUGGAUUAAUGUCCUUGAACAAAUACAGUGGAUGUGAUGCUGAGGGACAGGGCUUAGGGAUGGGCCUGGCAGUGCUGGGACAAGUUGGACUCCAUCACCGUAGAGGCCUUUUCCAACCCUAAUGAUUCUAAAUUUCUCUGCUGCUUUUAGGACAAAUGCAAACACGUAAUUGAAAAAUACUUUGUAGCAGCUCUGGUAGUUGAAAUCAAUGACAAAUAGGUUUUAUGUGCUUUAUAAUAGGAUGGGGAAAAGACAAAUGUGUUUUUAAGUGGCCCCAUUACAAAAAGAUCUGUUUAAGUGAUCACAUAUAGUUGUUCCAGCUGAUGCACAGGCUCCCUUUAGUGACUGUCAGUGAAAAUGUUUUUUGUCCAAAGAAAAUCCCCUUUAUCGUGUUUAAAAAAUAAAGGAGAAAUUAUUCUUAAAAAGUAGGUAGAGGCAGAUUGUAGUGCAGCAGCUCUGAAGUAUUUUUAAAGCAUCAAAUCAUAAGAUUAAAAAGUUAGAGUCUUUAGUGUAUUCUUGUUAUGGGAAUAGAAAUUUGAAUGAUUAACCCCUUUCUAUUUAUAGCUGUUUUCUGAGUUAUUUUGGUUCCAGUUAACUUCUAGGUAAAUUUCAUGAGAAGGCAGAGCAAUUCUUGCCUUAGUCUAUCUCUGCAGCUCAUCAUUUUAGUGUCCUCAAGUCACUUUCUUUUUAAUGUGAAUUUCACAAACCACAGCUGAAUUUUCAGAUUUAUCUGUAGUUUGAUAACUUGUCAGCUUUUAUUAUGUGCAGCUACAGAAUUUAUACAGGCCUUCAGCAUUUGGUGGCUCCUUUUGUCUUCCCAUCACUACUUGCCAGUUUUUAAAAUCCUGGUGUAUCACUGCUCAGGAGUGAAAUCCUGGGGUUAUUGCCUCAGGAGAAUGAGAGGUGCAGGCUCUGUGUGCUGUGCUGAUAAAGCUUGAAAGAACCAGACAAUAUAUACCAAUUUCUGUGAAAGUUUUCCACUCUCUUGAUGCCCUAAGUUGCUUCCUCAUUGCUGAUUUAACUGGGACUUGUUGGCCAGGAAAGUAGCACACUACUCUUCAGGUGGUUUUUAGCUCUGUGCAGCAGUAAGGGUUUCUACCUAUGUAAUGACAAUUUUCUUGAAAAAACAGGCAGUGUCUAGACCCCUUAGACAAGAAGGGUUCUUCAAAAUGGCAGUAUUCCUGAAACCUUAGGCUCAAGCACCUACAUUUUGGUGAUUAACAGACCCAGCUUAGCUGAAGAAAGAUUUGUUGGGGUGUGGUGGCAAAUGGAGUGGUUUGUUGUUAAACUUUCUGUCGUGCUGUGAUGAACUUUAUUCUUGCAAUGUACGCAUGAGAAGUAAAAUAGGAUUUUAGAGGGGCUUUGUUUUGUUUCUCACUUAUCUUGGGAGAAAAUUUGAAAGGCGAUUAGGGAAAUAUUUUUGAGCUUUUCUGCUGUCAGGUAUGGUGCUGAGAAAUUUCUAUCUUGGUCAAGCCAUCGUUGUUUGUGUGAAAACUGAAAAUCAGCCUUUGCUUUCACUUGCAAGAGUCACUUUUUUGGUGUCUGAUUUUGUCGUAUUUUAAUAAUUGCUUUCCUAAAUACAGCUGCUGCUGCUGUGGCAGCUCGUUUGUGUGCCCAGGUUUACAUCCCCUGUGUCCUCCUGCAGUUUGGAGGUGAAGCAGCAGCUGGGGUGCAGAAUGCAGUGAAGGUGUCAAAUGAAAGCCUCCAGUGAUCAGCUCUGGGAGAAGAAGGAGCUCAUGUUCAUUUAUCAGGGAGAGGGUGCGUUUUAGAUGCCUGGUGCCAGACAGUGGUGUCACGACUGAGUGACAGCAGGAGGAUAAAUACAUGGAUCAUAAUACCUCUGCUUCAUCCUCCCACACCCUGCAUCUGAGAAUGCCAGAGGAUGUGCCUUUUCCUGGGUCAGGUCACAGCCCCAGCCCUGCUCCGGCUCUGCUCCUGCUCAGAAUGUGGAAGGGAAUUCCACUCUGGAGGGCUCCUGGCACCACAAAAUGCCUCUGCUUCUCUCAGAAAUAAGCCUGUGGAACAGGUAGCUGGGGAAUGGACUGAAACCUUUCGCUAAUGAGGGAAGCCAGAAAAUGCCAGUAGUCUAAAUUGCUGAGCUGAGCCCUGCAGCUGAGGAAGAGAGAAGGAUUUGGGUUAGUCAGUUUGUUCUUACAUCAAGUAUUCUGUAAUGUUAGGUGCUGUGUCCAAAGGCAGAGUAAAAAAUGUGAAUACUAGUCAAAUCUGGCUUUUGGAUCCAAAUUCACAUUUAAACUGUUGGUUUGAGGAUAGGAGGAUUGUCUUUUGUAUUUGUUUUUCUUUUGUGAUGUGUUUUUGGUUUUGCUGGGUUUAGGAUUUUGUUUGUUUGUUUAUUUUUAUUUUGUUUUUAAAACCAAGCACUCCCUUGCUUCUAGCCUGGGAUUAGUUCAGAUUUGGAGUUCUUAAAUUACGUAGUAUUAUAAAUUAUCAUGCUGAAAUUAUGCUUCAUAUUUUAAAUAUUUUUUCUAUGAGGCCUCGCUACUUGCAAGAGGAGGGAAUGGGGAGCAAGAGCAGAUUAAAAUGCACACUUUUAUUAUCUAAAAGAGCUAAUAGAUUUGCUUUUCAGUGUUGGAUAUAGCUGGAGGUAAACUGCAUUUAUUAGAUGCUUGUAUUUUUCCUUCUUCAGCACUGGAGCUAUUCUUAGUGAUUACUUCUAGUUUCAGGUAGUAUUUACUGUAUGCACGUUGUUCAUGAUGGAAUGCUGUUAUUAUUUAUUAUGUGGUAAUAUUUGGAAUCAAAGAGCAAGUUGGACUGCAGCAGCAUGUCUGUAAAAUACACUUAGGUAUUUCUGUGUUGGUUCAUAGUCCCUUGCAAUCCACACUUGGGAGUUUGUUUUAAUCAUAAAGAACAAAGCCUUUCAAGUGAUACCUGGAGCAGGGUGGGCAGCACCUUCACAAAAUGGCUCAUAGUGAUUAAUAGCUGACAAAUUGUUCAGUCUUGCUCUUGAAUUCCGUGUUCUCAUUUCUAUAAAUUCAAAUAUGAGCACAACAAAAAGCAGAAUUUAGGAACUAAAUAGAAGUAAAUUUGUGUAGUUUCACCAUAUUAGGCAUUUCACAGAAUGUAAUUGGGAAGUGAAACGUGGGGACAUGCAAAUAGUGAAGAAAACAGACUACACAGAUCACAAGAAACAGAAAUCACAAGCAGUGCUAUUAAUUUCAUUUCAAGUAACUCAGUUAUUGUGGUGGGAUCUUCACAGAAACAGGAUGAGGACUCACUGCUGUAUUUCUUUGUUUAAAGUGCAGAUCACAUUGAGGUCAUCUUGUGGAAUCUUCUGAAAAAACAAGAGUAAUAGGAAGAAAAUGUUUAAUAAAAGUAUCUUCUCUACCCAGUCAAACUGAAACAGGGAAGGUUCAUUGGAGCCAUGUGGUUAUGGUAUUAUUGAGAUUCCAUAAUGCCUCCUGCCGUGACAGACAGCCUUGACAUCUGGGCAGUGGAUUCACAGAUUGGUGCUGAUGGCUCAAUAUCUGUGGACUUCCUGUUGCCCACUGGAAUCUACAUCAACCUGGACGUCCCUCGAGAUGCCACCAUAUCUCAGAUUAAACAGCUGUUAUGGAAGCAGGCACAUUCCUACCCACUCUUUCAUCUCCUCAUGGAGAUUGACUCUUACAUGUUCUCAUGUGUGAAUCAGACUGCUGUACAUGAAGAAUUAGAGGAUGAAACACGGAGGCUUUGUGAUGUUAGACCCUUUCUUCCUGUCCUUAAACUGGUGACAAGGAACUGUGAUCCAGGAGAAAAGUUGGAUUCCAAAAUAGGUGUCCUUAUAGGCAAAGGUCUCCAUGAGUUUGAUGCCUUACAAGAUCCUGAAGUGAAUGACUUCCGAGCUAAAAUGAGGAGAAUCAGUGAGGAAAAGAUUCAGUCGCUUGUGGGUCUCUCCUGGAUGGACUGGUUAAAGCACACUUACCCACCAGAGCAGGAGCCUGUUAUCCCAGAGAGCUUCCAAGAUAAGCUGUACAGUGGAAACCUUGUUGUGGCUGUUCAUUUUGAUAACUGCCAGGAUGUAUUUAGUUUCCAGGUGUCUCCUAACAUGAAUCCCAUCAAGCUGAAUGAGCUGGCAAUCCGAAAACGUUUGACUAUCCAUGGAAAAGAAGAUGAGGAGGUUGAUCCUGCUGAUUAUGUGCUGCAAGUUAGUGGAAGGCUGGAAUAUGUCUUUGGUGACCACCCAUUAAUUCAGUUCCAGUACAUCCGCAACUGUGUGAUGAGCAGGACCCUUCCCCAGCUGACCCUGGUGGAGUGCUGCACCAUAAAGAAGAUGUGUGAGCAGGAGAUGAUUGCCAUAGAAGCUGCCAUAAACCGAAAAUCCUCCAACCUUCCUCUUCCUCUGCCACCAAAAAAAACAAGAGCAACUACUAGUGUGUGGGAUAUUUCCAACCCUUUCAAGAUUAUUCUAUUAAAGGGCAAUAAACUAAACACAGAAGAAAAUGCCAAAGUUCAUGUUAGGGCUGGUCUUUUCCAUGGCACAGAGCUCCUUUGUAAAACAAUUGUGAGCACAGAAAUAUCUGGGAGAAGUGACCACGUUUGGAAUGAAGUGCUGGAGUUUGAAAUCAAUGUCUGUGAUCUGCCAAGGAUGGCAAGGCUCUGCUUUGCUGUUUAUGCUGUCAUGGACAAGAUGAAAACUAAAAAGUCCACCAAGGCAAUGAAUCCUUCCAAAUACCAAACCAUUAGGAAAGCAGGAAAAGUGCAUUACCCUGUAGCCUGGGUAAAUACCAUGGUGUUUGAUUAUAAAGGACACUUGAGGAAUGGAGAACUGGUACUGCACAGCUGGUCAUCAUUUCCUGAUGAACUUGAAGAAAUGUUGAAUCCCAUGGGAACCGUCCAGACCAACCCUUACACUGAAAAUGCAACAGCUUUGCACAUUAGAUUUCAGGAAUAUUCAAAACAGCCUGUUAAUUACCCUCCCUUUGAUAAGAUACUUGAAAAGGCAGCUGAGAUUGCAAGAAACAGUGACAAUGCUGCAAUGGCGGGUCGAGGUGGUAAGAAGUUUUAUGUUGUGCUAAAAGAUAUAAUGGAAAGAGAUCCUUUAUCUCAGCUUUGUGAAAAUGAAAUGGAUCUCAUUUGGACUUUGCGAUAUGACUGUCGUGAAAAUUUCCCACAAUCGUUGCCAAAACUGCUGCUCUCUUUAAAGUGGAACAAACUUGAAGAUGUUGCUCAGCUCCAGGCCCUCCUGCAGAUCUGGCCCAAGCUGCUGCCCAGGGAGGCUUUGGAGCUGCUGGAUUUCAACUACCCCGACCAGUACGUCAGGGAAUAUGCAGUGGGGUGUUUGAGGCAGAUGAGUGAUGAAGAGCUCUCUCAGUAUCUUCUCCAACUUGUGCAAGUCCUGAAGUAUGAGCCUUUUCUGGAUUGUGCACUCUCCAGGUUUCUCCUGGAAAGAGCGCUUGGCAAUCGGAGAAUAGGACAGAUGUUGUUCUGGCACCUGAGGUCGGAGGUUCACAUCCCCGCCGUGUCGGUGCAGUUCGGGCUGAUCCUGGAGGCUUAUUGCAGGGGCAGCGUGGCUCACAUGAAGGUGCUGGCUAAACAGGUGGAAGCCCUCAAUAAAAUGAAGACUUUAAAUAGUCUAAUUAAGCUGAAUGCCAUGAAGCAGAGCAAAGCAAAAGGCAAAGAUGCAAUGCAUACGUGUUUGAAACAAAAUGCUUACAGAGAAGCACUUUCUGACCUCCAGUCUCCUCUGAAUCCUUCUGUUAUACUCUCAGAGCUGCAUGUUGAGAAGUGUAGAUAUAUGGAUUCUAAAAUGAAGCCUCUCUGGAUAGUGUACAACAACAAAAUGUUUGGGGGAGAUCUUGUAGGGAUCAUCUUUAAAAAUGGUGAUGAUCUCCGGCAGGACAUGCUGACGCUGCAGAUCCUGCGCUUGAUGGACAUUCUGUGGAAAGAGGCUGGCCUGGACCUCCGGAUAUUGCCCUAUGGCUGUUUAGCAACUGGAGAUCACUCUGGCCUCAUUGAGGCUGUUUCUAGCUCAGAAACCAUUGCUGACAUUCAGUUAAACAGCAGCAACGUUGCUGCAGCUGCUGCCUUCAACAAGGACGCGCUCUUGAACUGGCUGAAGGAGUACAAUUUAGGAGAGGACUUGGAUCGAGCCAUUGAAGAAUUUACUCUGUCUUGUGCUGGCUACUGUGUAGCUACGUAUGUGCUGGGAAUUGGUGACAGACACAGUGACAAUAUCAUGGUCAGGAAAAAUGGGCAGCUUUUUCACAUCGAUUUUGGGCAUAUUCUUGGAAACUUCAAGUCCAAGUUUGGAAUUAAAAGGGAACGGGUACCUUUCAUACUCACCUAUGAUUUCAUUCAUGUUAUUCAACAAGGAAAAACAGGGAACACUGAAAAAUUUGGUCGGUUCCGGCAGUACUGUGAGGAAGCCUACCUGAUCCUGCGCAAGCACGGCAACCUAUUUAUUACCCUCUUUGCACUGAUGCUGACUGCAGGGCUGCCAGAGCUCACCUCUGUCAAGGACAUCCAGUAUCUCAAGGACUCCCUGGCCUUAGGGAAGAGUGAGGAAGAAGCACUAAAACAGUUCAAGCAAAAGUUUGAUGAAGCUCUGCGGGAAAGUUGGACUACUAAAGUGAACUGGAUGGCUCACACUGUCAGAAAGGAUUACAGGUCCUAG